GUCCCCGCCCAGCGGCAGCUCUGGGAGAGCAUGGACUCUGUCGGCGUUGCCUCAUCCGACUCCAACAGCUCCAAAAUCGAAAACACCUGCACCACCCCCGCCGACACGCCCGAAGAGCCGCAAAAAAAGUCGAAUGAAUCGUUAUCAUCUUGCUCAUCCACCCACUCAAUGGACACGGCCUCUUCGGGAGUCUCGUCGUUGAUCGGCACCAUUUCAUCCUUGCCUUCCUUCCCCCACAAUCCCAAGGGCCAUAAUCGCACCAUCUCGGGGACUUCAUGCAGCUCCAUGGCGCCACAUCCUGUGUACAACAAGCGGAACGAGGAAAAUUGCAUCAUCCGCGUCAGCCUCGAGGACGACAAUGGGAAUCUCUACAAAAGCAUUUUGCUGACCAACCAAAACAAGUCCCCGUUCGUUAUCCAGAGAGCCAUGUUGAAGCACAACCUGGAAGGACAAGAUUGGGAGGAAUAUCAGCUUGUCCUGAUCCUCUCAGAAGACAGAGAGUUGGUCAUUCCAGACAACGCCAACGUCUUUUACGCGAUAAGCCCCUCUGGGAACUUUGACUUCAUCCUGAGGAAGAAGAACCACAGUCAGCUGGGACGCCAAUCCUUGAACAACCUCUCCAGAGAGGCCAAGAAGGGAAUCAUGGCAGACAGAAUGAGCAAGGUCAGGCUGUGAGAGGAGGCUGGGAUCGCCGUCAGUGCUUCCACACCCUCUGGCGGAGAUGAACCUUACCACUAAGUAUUGAGAGCCCUGGAAUAUAUGUGAAUAAAUUUGCCUGGACUGUAUUUACCCAACAUCGUGGAUGGCAUUGAGUAAAAACCCUAACUUCCUCCUUGGGAAGGCAACGCUUGUCCAUUGUUGAAGAUUAUUUUGCACACCAGCCCUGCUCGGAUGGGACUGAGAUGUACUCAAGCUGGAGAGCGGUUGACAGCUUCCCCUGCGACCCUGUAAACUUCAAUUGGGGGAGGCAAGGAAAAAAAUGUAUUGGCCAACUCGGUUGACUAAAUGUGGUUGUUUGACUUUGUUUCCUGCAGAGCCACAUUCAAACUAGUGAACAACCUCCAGUCAGUGGCCAGAUGAUGAAUGCUUUUGGAAAGUGUUUGGAUUGGCCUAUUGAACUCCUGGGCAGAUAUUUCCUGUCUAUUUCCCCCUCCCUCCCUCCCUGCCUAAUAAUUUAAUCUCCUCUUGGAUAUACAGAACUAGACCCACCUUCGACAAAGGACAUCUGAUGGUCGCCAAUGAUAUUGCACUUGUCUCAAAAUUCUGGUCAGCUUUAUAGAGAACUGUUAUUUUGUGUGUACAUUUGUAAAUGUGAUCUGUGUCAUGGAGGGACCAGUGGAGCCGUAGCAGAUGCUGAGCGUCCCAACUAUCUGGAAGGUGACUUUUAUAGCUUUUCUGUCCUUUUAUUCUGGAACAAUGUUGGUGUGUUCUGCACAAUUCUCUCUCUCACACACACACACACACACACACACACACACACACACACACACACACACACACACACACACGUGAGCGCACACA